AUGUAUUUCAAGAAAGCAUUUUUAACAUCCCUAUUAACUAGUAUUUCACUAGCUGCAUAUGCUCCACCAGAACCAUGGGCGACUUUAACGCCAAGCUCCAAAAUGGACGGUGGUACUACAGAUUACCGAACUUCUUUUGGUCUUGCUGUUAUACCUUUCACUGUCAGUGAGAGUAAAGUCAAAAGAAACAUCAUUUCACAGAUUAAUGACGGUCAAGUGCAAGUUACGACACAAAAGGUACCUGUUCCAGUUUCACAAAUAGCCGACGGUCAAUUACAGGUUACCACGCAAAAAGUACCUCCGACGGUGUCGCAUAUAGUGUCACAAAUAGGUGACGGUCAAUUACAAGUGACAACAGUAAAAAGCAUUGUUACAAAGUCCACGACCGCGGUCUCCUCGAAAACUGCAACGAAAACUGCAACGAAAACUGCAACGAAAACUUCUAAUAAAACUGCAACUAAAACUGCAACUAAAACUGCAACUAAAACCGCAACUGCCAUAUCUCAAAUCCAUGAUGGUCAAGUGCAAGUCACCACCUCACCAAUUGGCAGUAAGGAUGAUGCUCCAAAGGGUAAGCUAGAGCCGACAAAUAAAUCAAAUAAGGAAACUGUAAUUAAAGUGCAAGCUUGCAAGAAUUCUGGAACUUUGGCUGUAACAUUACAUGACGGUGUCCUCAUUGACUCCAAUGGUAGAAUCGGUUCUAUAGUAGCAAAUAGGCAAUUUCAGUUUGAUGGACCUCCUCCACAAGCAGGUGCUAUUUACGCUGGUGGCUGGUCGAUAACAAAGCAUGGAACUUUAGCAAUUGGUGACAAGGAUAUUUUCUACCAAUGUUUGUCCGGUAGCUUCUAUAACCUUUACGAUCAAUCUAUCGGGGGCCAAUGCAAUCCGGUCCAUCUACAAACAGUGGGUCUCGUUGAUUGUUGA